AUGGCCACUCCGCCUCUCCAAGGUCAUGAACCCCACGUCCCAGCGCCCAAUAGCCACGCCGGCCUUCCGCAACUUCAUCUCCCGCCUCUCCUCCUUCGUCCGCGAGUGCUUCUCCCAACGCCGCCCAUGGACGGAACUCAUCCACCGCUGCAUUCGCUCGCCCUGACUCCCUCACCGAAGUCGCCGCCGAGAUCCGCAAGAAUCUGUCCUACUUCAAGGUCAAUUACAUUUCAAUGCUCGUCGUCGUCCUCAGCUUCUCCCUCCUGUCCCAUCAUUUCUCCCUCCUGGUGCUCCUCUUCCUCCUCACCUCCGGGAUCUUCCUCUACCUCUCCUGCGCCUAACUCCAUCUCCUUUUCUACUUGGAUUAGCCUUUCAAUCAAAAUUGGUGAGAGGACGGAGGAGAAAGAAAAUGACAGCUCAACCAAUUGA